CAAAACCAACCGCCUCAUAUAUAUACCUCGAUGCCUGCCAUAUCAUACCACCACUACUCCCUUCAAAUCAAUAUUUGCGUCUUGACUCUUGACCGCUGCUCUCUGUUUUUCUUUAAUAUUUUAAAUUCACAAUUUUCUGAUAAAGUCUGCCAACUCAUCUCACCGGACCCCUCCUUCUCCAGUCACCACCUUCUUAUUCUUUCUCUCUCCGAUCACUCCUCUUCACAAUUCAAAAACAUUUCUCUCUCUUUCUUUUAAAAACCGAAUCAAAAUAAUCCUUCCUUUCUUAUCAAUGAAAAUAACCGCUACCGUGAAACCGUUUCUUCUCCGCCACGAUCUCAACGGUCUGUCAUUUUAAUACUAAUAUAUAUAUAUUUAUAUAAUUGUGAUUGUAAUUGAUAUUCUCAUAUGCAUCCAUUCUGUUGCGUGUCCACCGUGUCGGACCACUCGACGACGAAACCCUCACCACCGCCGCCUUAUUUGGAAGUCCACCACAUGGCGCAUCUUCCGGCUGCCGCGGCAGCCAGAUCCGAUCACAAUAAUAACAACAACAACAACAACAAUAACAACAACAACUUCAACGGCGAGUGUGGGGGACGGCUGAGUCAGGCGCGUGAGCCGGUGGAAAUGAAGAUAAACGACAUAGUAGGGAACGGGAUCUCCGGAAUACUGUACAAGUGGGUGAAUUACGGUAAAGGAUGGAGGCCGCGGUGGUUUGUUUUGCAGGACGGCGUUUUGUCUUACUACAAGAUUCAUGGACCCGAUAAGAUCGUCGUUAACCAAGAAACAGAGAAAGGAUCCAAAGUCAUCGGCGAAGAGUCCUUGCGAAGAAUUUCCAGGCACAGAAAUGGAGCCUCGCUGCCUCAACAAAAUCUUCCUCGCAAGCCUUUCGGUGAAAUUCAUCUCAAGGUUUCCUCAAUUCGUGAGAGCAAAUCAGAUGACAAAAGAUUCUCGAUUUUCACUGGCACAAAGAGGCUCCACCUGAGGGCUGAGACGCGUGAAGAUCGAAUUACAUGGAUGGAGGCAUUGCAAGCUGUGAAGGACAUGUUCCCGCGGAUGUCCAACAGCGAGCUAAUGGCUCCCAUCAACAAUGUCACUGUGUCGACUGAGAAGCUGAGACAACGGCUUUUGGAAGAGGGUGUCAGCGAGGCAGCCAUCCAAGACAGUGAGCAGAUUAUGAGGAGCGAGUUUUCGGCACUGCAGACCCAACUUGUGCUGCUCAAGCAGAAGCAGUGGCUCCUCACCGACACCCUGCGGCUGUUAGAGACAGAGAAGGUUGAUCUGGAGAAUACGGUGGUUGAUGAGAGCCAAAGACAGUUCCAAGAUCAAGGGGGUUGCUCUUCUAGAUUAAGACAAGACAAAUUCAGUGCAAGUGUUAGUGAAUCUGAAGAUGAUAAUGAAAGAGUAGAUGCUGCGGAGGAAGAAACAGAUGAUGAAGACAAUACAUUUUUUGACACUCGUGACUUUCUGUCGUCCAGCUCUUUCAAAAGUAAUGGAUCAGAUUUUCGGCUAUCGUCUUUCUCUUCAGAUGAUGACGGUCUUUAUGUGGUUGAAUCUGAUGAUGAUAUUGACCCUUCCAUGAGAGCUGUUGGAACUAACUAUACUCAUGUUAAGCGUCGUAAGAAAUUGCCUGACCCUGUUGAAAAAGAGAAGGGUGUUAGCCUUUGGUCAAUGAUUAAAGAUAACAUUGGAAAGGAUCUCACAAAAAUAUGUCUUCCUGUUUACUUUAAUGAGCCUCUCUCUUCUCUGCAAAAAUGUUUCGAAGAUUUGGAAUAUUCUUAUCUCAUUGAUCGAGCAUAUGAGUGGGGAAAAAGGGGUAAUAGCCUCAUGAGGAUUCUUAAUGUGGCUGCUUUUGCUGUGUCUGGAUAUUCUUCGACUGAAGGAAGAAUGUGCAAACCGUUUAAUCCUUUAUUAGGGGAAACCUAUGAGGCUGAUUAUCCAGAUAAAGGCCUCCGCUUUUUCUCAGAAAAGGUUAGUCAUCACCCUAUGAUUGUAGCAUGUCACUGUGAGGGUACAGGAUGGAAAUUCUGGGCAGAUAGCAAUCUAAAGAGCAAAUUUUGGGGUCGAUCGAUUCAGCUUGAUCCCGUUGGUGUUUUGACAUUGGAAUUUGAUGAUGGGGAAGUUUUUCAAUGGAGUAAGGUCACAACAUCAAUAUACAAUCUCAUAUUGGGAAAGCUGUAUUGCGAUCAUUAUGGUACAAUGCGUAUACAGGGAAAUCGUGAGUAUUCAUGCAAGCUCAAAUUCAAGGAACAGUCUAUCAUUGACCGAAAUCCUCAUCAGGUACAUGGUAUAGUUCAAGAUAGGAAUGGAAAAACAGAGGCAACUCUUCAUGGAAAAUGGGAUGAAAGCAUGUAUUAUGUGAAUGGAGACUCUUCUGGUAAGGGGAAAGGAUUUGAGUCUUUGUCAGAUGCGCAUCUGAUCUGGAAGCGAAGCAGACUUCCCCAAUUUCCCACUAGAUAUAACUUAACUCGCUUUGGCAUCACAUUGAAUGAGCUCACUCCUGGACUGAAGGAAAAAUUGCCACCAACAGAUUCAAGGCUAAGACCUGACCAAAGGUAUUUGGAGAAUGGAGAGUAUGAAAUGGCAAAUUCAGAGAAGUUGCGGCUAGAGCAGCGACAACGGCAGGCUCGAAAGAUGCAAGAGCAGGGUUGGAAACCACGGUGGUUUGCGAAAGAUAAAGGAAGUGAUACAUACCGCUAUAGUGGUGGGUAUUGGGAAGCCAGAGAACAGGGAAAAUGGGUAUCGUGUCCUGAUAUCUUUGGCCAAAUCCCAUCCGAUCAGUUAUCUGAAAAUUGGCGUGAUCUUGGUGUAAGAGGAAUAUCACAACAGUUGGGUUGAUUUAGCAAAUCACGACUUAGAAUGAGAAUUCAUAUAACUGUUGAUACAAUUCAUAGGCAGCAUUUCCAGGACUCCAGUUGGAGAUUGAAUUUGUGGAAGUAAUCUAGAAUGGCGCAGCACCUAUCAUGUGUGGUGUAGCAUCCUAACUGUGUUGAUGUUCCUUUUGACAACCAGUACAAUAUGGGGAAAUUGUUUUAUCUUGGAAAUGGUAUUAUUCAUUCUACUCAAACUCCAGUCCCUGUAAUGUUUUCACUUCAUGCGUUUGGAGCUUUUGUGACGUAACUUGAAACACCGAACCUUGUAAGAAGAAUGCUUAGGAAUUCUUUAGGUUUUAUUUUCAUGGCGAUGUUUCGAGUGUUAUUUGGUUCGUAUGCUUUUGA